AUCUUACCCGCUCUAACCACCUACCCUCGAGAGUACCUGCAUUCCCGAACGGGUUGGCAUAACUGAAGUGCCGCACUCCAUUCUCGACGCUUUACGAAUUACAAGUAGGCAGUGCUACAAAGUGGAAAAAUACAUGUACAAACUCUGAUGUGCCUAAAGCAAAAAUAUUCCUUGAAUUACAAACAAAUUUUGGGUGCUGAACACAGCACUCUGGAGGAGGACGGGGACACUGUCAGACUGCUACGUCCUGGACGUGGAAGUAUCGGUGACGGCAUGCUCCUAGCCGUCGACGGCAUCGCGGAACGCUACGAGUGGAGGCGACGCCGCCAGUUGCCUCGGAUGGGUAAGCGCGGGCUGCGCCAGGCUCUCCGGCGCCUCCGGCACUGCUCCAUGUGGCUCGUGCUGCUGCUGGGCUGCGCGCGCGCCGACGACGAGGCCAUGCCCAGGCUGAUGGUGGUGGCGGACGUGGGCCAGGAGGCGCAGGCCAACAGCCUGCGGGGCGGGCUGGCGGACGGCUGGGCCGCGCAGGUCGUGUUCGUGGACCGCGAGUCCGACAUGGAGGCUGCGCCGGCGAGCAGCCCCGGCUCCACCAGCGGGACCACGCCGACCACCAUCCAGGGAGUGUGCACGGCGCUCACGUCGGCGGCCUUGGUGCUGGACAUGACCUGGAGCGGGUGGGAGCGCCUGCGCUGGCUGGCGCACGCCGCCGGCGUGCCCUACGUGCAGGCUGACGUCUCGGUGCGGCCAUUCCUACAGGCGGCCGACGACGUCCUCCGCUUCCGCAACAUCAGCGACGCGGCCCUGGUGUUCGACGGCGACCUGGAGAUGUCGCAGGGCAUCUACUACCUGGUGGGACGCUCGCCUCUGCGGGUCGUCGUGCUCCCCGGCCUCGACGGCGACGCCUGGGAGCCGAGCGGCCCGGCGGGGCGCCUGGGCGCCAUGCGGCCCACGCCUAGCAUGCACGUGCUGCUGUCCGGCGAGGUGGACGCCAUGGCGGAACGGGCGGCCCAGGCCGGCCUGGUGGGCAGGUACACGCGGUGGAUGCUGGUGGACACGGCCGUGUCCGGGGCCACGCGCGACGCCCGCCAGCUGCAGAACACCACGAUCCCCGUGACCCUGCUCACGGCGCGCGCCUCCCUCUGCUGCUCGCUGCGCGGCGGGGGCUCGCGCGGGAUGGGCCCCGGGGACAGCUGCACCUGCGCCCAGCCGCAGCGCCUCCACGAGCUCCUCAUCCCCGCCGUCGUGGACCUGCUGCAGCAGCUGGCCGUGGAGGCCCACCGCCAGGGCGUGCCCCUGCAGGUGGAGCGGGGGGUGGACGCGGCCACCAUCUGCAGGGCCUCCAGGGACACCCCGACGCAGAACGCGAGCAGUCCCGCCAUCGACAUGCUGCGCCAGCUGGCGGGGCAGCUGCCGGGGCUGCUGGUGCAGCGCCUGGACCACCGCUCGGACGUCGCGCUCCUCCCGGACCUGGUGCUGGACGUGGCCGUCGUGCCCAUGGGGAACGGCGCCACCGACGGCGGGGACGCCGAGGGGGACGUGGUGGGCGAGUGGUCCACCACGAGGGGCUUCACGGCGCGCGCCGAGCUGCCCGCCCUCCGCCGCUACUUCCGCAUCGGCAUCGUCGAGAGCACGCCGUGGACGUACCGCGCCGAGGACGGGUCCUGGACGGGCUACUGCGUGGACUUUGCCCACCAGCUCUCCGAAAUGAUGGACUUUGACUUCGAGUUCGUCCCGGGCAGCGACUACGGCGAGCGCGACGUCCGGACGGGCCGGUGGAGCGGCGCGCUGGGGGACCUGGUGUCCGGGAGGACGGACGUGCUCAUCGCGGACCUCACCAUGACGGCGCAGCGGGAGGAGGCCAUCGACUUCGUGCCGCCGUACUUCGAGCAGUCCGGCAUAUCGAUCGUGAUUCGCAAGCCGGUGCGCAAGACGUCGCUGUUCAAGUUCAUGACGGUGCUGCGCCUCGAGGUGUGGAUGAGCAUCGUGGGCGCGCUCGUGGCCACGGCCGUCAUGGUGUGGCUGCUGGACCGCUUCUCGCCGUACUCGGCGCGCAACACCAAGUACCCGUACCCGUGCCGCGAGUUCACCCUCAAGGAGAGCUUCUGGUUCGCGCUCACCUCCUUCACCCCUCAGGGCGGCGGCGAGGCGCCCAAGGCGCUGUCGGGCCGCACGCUCGUCGCCUCGUACUGGCUGUUCGUCGUGCUCAUGCUCGCCACGUUCACGGCCAACCUGGCCGCCUUCCUCACCGUCGAGCGCAUGCAGACGCCCGUGCAGUCGCUGGAGCAGCUCGCGCGCCAGUCGCGCAUCAACUACACCGUGGUGGGCGGCUCCGACACGCACGCGUACUUCACCAACAUGAAGCAGGCCGAGGACACGCUCUACAGGGUGUGGAAGGAGAUCACGCUGAACGCGAGCAGCGACGAGACGCAGUACCGGGUGUGGGACUACCCCAUCAAGGAGCAGUACGGACACGUCCUGCUCGCCAUCGAGCGCGCCGGCACGCUGCCCAACGCCACCGUCGGCUUCCAGAAGGUGCUGGAGAGCGAGGACGCGGAGUUCGCCUUUAUCCACAACGCGGCGCACGUCCGGUACGAGGUGAGCCGGAACUGCAACCUCACCGAGGUCGGCGAGGUGUUCGCCGAGCAGCCCUACGCCAUCGCCAUCCAGCAGGGCAGCUACCUGCAGGAGGAGCUGAGCCGAAAGAUCCUGGAGCUGCAGAAGGACCGCUACUUCGAGGCGCUCACCGCCAAGUACUGGAACUACAGCCUGCUGGGGGACUGCAACUCGGGCGGCGACAACGAGGGCAUCACGCUCGAGAGCUUGGGGGUGUGCGGCCUGGUGUUCGCCCUCAUCACGCUCGGCGCCGAGGUCGUCUACUACAAGCGCAAGGAGAACGCGGUGACGGACCUGCAGCCCGCCCGCGCCAACGGCGACAACAACGGCACCACGGCCAAGGACAGCAUGCGGCGCGCCUUGGCCGAGGUGAACCAGGUCGCCGCGGACAGGUCCGUGCUGCUGACCAAGUCGUCGAUCGCGAGCCUGGCCAAGCAGCGAAGGGCGGCGCAGGGCCUGGGCCAGCAGGGCCUGGCCACCAUCACCGUGCGGCCCCCGCCCCCCAACGCCCCAGUCCCGGGCCUCCCCUACGCCUCCGUGUUCCCGCGCGGGAACCUGUACUGAGUUGUUGAGGGUGAGAUGCUGUCUCUAUGCUCGCACUGCUGCGGCUACACCGAAUAGAGUGACGACAAGGAUGCUAGAAGAGGAUGGCCAUUGGCCAGUUAAUGAACACAAAGUCUGGGCUUUUAGUUUCUUUAUAAAUGUGUCCUUUGUUGUUA